UUCAUAGUUGCCCUGUUAUAAUGUGUCUACCAUCACUGUUUGUGUUUCCGGAUGGAGGGAGGAGACUUUGUGUUACGUUUGAGGAAGUUGCUCAAUAUAGGAAAUACACAUGUUGCUACACUGUGAGCAAAACUACCUGAUGUUGUUCUGCUUUCAUGGAUCACUCCCUGGAGGAUCAUUCACACCCAUAGCUUGGCUGUGAGAUGUGCAUCAUGUCGGUUUAGAAACACAAAGUCAGUUUGUGUCAGUAAAGUUGUAGCAGAAUGAAUAACUCAGUAACUUCCUCUACUUACAUCCGUAACCUCGGUUAUAGUUUGCAUCGCAGACUGUCCGACUUUCUGGACCCUCAGGACAGGUGGAAGGACGUGAUUGUCUCCAUCCGGAAGCCCAGUGGAGAGCUGAGGUACUCUCAGCUUCAUGUGAGGAGAUAUGAAGGUCUUGUUGCACAAGGUAGGAGUCCCACAGUGGAGCUGCUCCGAGACUGGGGGACCAGCAACAGCACAGUGGGGGAACUGGUGGACAUCUUGAAGAGACACAAGUUACUGGCUGCUGCUGGAGUCCUGCUACCAGACUCAGUGGAAGAGGCCGUCUCAGCAGAGGCCCAGGUGGCUCCUCCAGCUGUAGAAACAUACAGCGCUCUUCCAACUAGACUACUGGAAGAGACGGAGACACAGCCGGUACCUGACAGCUCUGUUCUGCAGCCACAGAUGCUACUGGGGAGCAGUGAACCAGGACACACAGAAUUCUCCAGUUUCUUGUACAACGAGCUGAUGAAGGUCACAGGCAACUUCGAUGACCGUCCCAUAUCAGACGGCGGCAGCAGACUCGGAGAGGGAGGCUUCGGCACGGUGUACAAAGGUCUCAUUAAUGACAAACCUGUUGCUGUGAAAAAGCUCAAUCCAAUGGAUGACGUCUCCGUGGACGAGCUGAGAGUUCAGUUCAACCAAGAGAUCCAAACUCUGAAAGCGUUGAAACAUGAAAACUUGGUUGACAUGGUUGGAUUUUCCUGUGAUGGACAGCACCCCUGUUUGGUGUACGCCCUCAUGGCCAACGGUUCUCUGCUAGACCGACUAGCUUGCUUGGAGGGAAGUCCUCCACUGUGCUGGCGACAGAGAUCCUUGAUAGCUGAAGGGACAGCGAGAGGCUUGGAGUAUCUGCACAGCAACCAUCAUAUCCACAGAGAUGUUAAAAGCGCAAACAUCCUGUUAGAUGAAAAAUUUGUGGCAAAGAUGUCCGACUUUGGGCUGACGAGGGCGUCGGCCAAGCGGACGUCAACGACCAUGAUGACGGAGAGGAUUGUGGGUACCCGUGCGUACAUGGCACCUGAGGCGCUGAGAGGAGAGAUCACACCCAAAUCUGAUGUCUUCAGCUUUGGAGUGGUGUUGUUAGAAAUAUUGUCUGGACUCCCGCCAGCCGAUGAAAACCGUGAGCCGCAGUUCUUGAUGGAGAUGAGGUAUGAUAUCGAUGAUGAAGACGAGGAGCUGACUUUAGAGGACUUUCUGGACAAGAAGAUGAGAGACUGGGAGCUGAGCCAGGCGGAGAGUGUUUACUCUCUGGCCUGUAACUGCCUCCACGACAGGAAGAACAGACGGCCGGUCAUCAAACAGGUCCUGUUGGAGCUUAAAGGAGUCGUCAAAAACAUUUCACUGGAUUUUGAGACACAGUAGUGAAGCAUAUUAUCCCAGAACACAUACAAGAUCUCUGAGCCUGCUCCAGUCACGAUGCACACAUAUUCAUUUCCCUCUCAAGUUUUAGAGUUACUUGUUGACUGUGACUGACAAAAAAGUAUUUUUUGCAUUCUUUUUUCUAUAUUAAUAAACUGCACAUAUAUAUUUUGUAUGAUUUACCAUAUAUUGUUUUACUUUUAAGAAUGUAGUUUUUCUACGGCGUUUUAUCAGGUUUGAUAUCUUAAUAUCUUGAAAAGUCUGACAGUGUUUGUCGUGUAUUUAUUGUGAAGGAAUAAAAUGAACGAAACAGAAAA